ACUGCACAGGUCCCCUCAAGCAUAUCUAACAACAAGAAGUAAAAAUCCUCUGAUCAAGAUUCAGAAAGAAAAAAAAUGGUUUCACAAGAAAUAAGUAGAAAAGGUCCAUGGACAGAACAAGAAGAUUACAAAUUGGCAUAUUUUGUAGGGUUAUUUGGUGAUCGUAGAUGGGAUUUUAUAGCAAAGGUUUCAGGUUUGAAGGUGGCGGGAGAGAGUAAUAAAUAGGUAUGCUUAUAAGGGCAUGCUGAAUUAUAAUAGAAGCAUUAAUUCCUUUAACCAUGUUUUUCUGUUUCUCACACUUUGUUGUAGGUUUGAGUAGAUCAGGUAAGAGUUGCAGGUUACGUUGGGUUAAUUAUCUUCACCCUGAUCUCAAACGUGGCAAGAUGACACCACAAGAAGAAAGACUUGUUAUGGAACUUCACUCUAAAUGGGGAAAUAGAUGGUCAAGAAUUGCUAGAAAACUACCUGGAAGAACAGACAAUGAGAUUAAGAAUUACUGGAGGACACACAUGAGAAAAAAGAGGGCACAAGAGAAAAAACACGCAACACCUUCGAUUUCAUCAUCACCUGAUCAAUCUUCUAGUUGUCAAUCCUCACAUUUCUCAAAUAGUAACCAUGGUGUGGAUUCACAUGCUUCCAACAAAGAGUCUGAAGAAGAAAAUUACCAAGUCCAAGAAAUUGAACAAGGGUACUCAAUGGAUGAUAUAUGGAAAGAUAUUGCUAUGUCUGAAGAUGACAUCAAUGUUCUUCAACCUGAUUUUGAUGGAACUAGUGAAGAGAAUAGCAAUAAUUUAUCUUGUCCUAUAAUGCCUUCUACAUCAUCAUGGGAUUAUUCAUAUUUAGAUCCAUUGUGGGUGAUGGAUGAAGAAGAAAGCAAGAUGUUAUUCCCUCCUAUUGGUGACCAAUAUUUUUCCUUCUAUGAUCAACAAGGGAACACAUUUCUAACUGGUUAAUCAAGAUUAUUCUUUUUUUUUCUUCUUCAAUAUUUUGUUCAUAUGUGUACCAUCUGUCAUAAGAUAGCCUAAUUAACAUGUAUAUAGCAUAGUAUAUGUCUUUCUGAAAGGGAUUUGAUGCGGUAACUGUUUCUGCAGUUUUUCAGUCUUGACCGUCCGAUCUAAACCGAUGAAGAUCGUUUAAACUUGAUUUUGUUAUUGUGUAAUCUGAAUUGUCCGAUCUCAAAUUAACGGUCAAGAUUUUUUACUGCAUGUAAAUAUGUGUUUCUCUUUAAGCAUGGCUGUAAUAAAUCUCAAGAGUAAUUGUUAUCUAUGUUUGUGCUUUUACUUUAAA